UGUCUGUAGAAUUCAAAGGAUGGUUUUCCGCCCCACACAGAGCAAGUGUUGUAACAAGCACCGUUAUGUAACAAGCACCGUUUCGGGUGGCGAGACGGGCGGGGACCGUGACGUGAAAGGAUUGCGCCUUUUCCAAUCAACAUUGCCAGGAAGCGCCUUAUUCAGACAAAUUUUAAACCCAGCGGGACACAUCCUGCCGUCUGUAGAAUUCAAGGGAUGUUAUGCCGCCCUGCGCCGUGCAAGGUGCUAUUUCAAACACCUAUACGGGGGAUGAGACUAGGCGGGGUCGUGACGAAGCAAUCUGUAAACAAUGCUGAGGAGAUGGUCGAUUAUGCUAGUGUACAGCUGUCGCGACAUCCUGGCCUAGUAAACAUGUCGCUGGCGGGGUUUAACGAUCGGACGAUGUGGCUAUUGUUUCGGCUACCUGGGGGUACCUGCGUGAAUCCCGCCCUCAAUUCAAACCUUUGCUAUAAGGCGUCCGGUGGACACCCCUUUCACAGACACAGGCGGCUUAAACGUGCAUCAUGUCCGGAGGUCGUUCUUCAUCUGUUGCAGCAGCCCAGGUCCAUAAUGCGGGAUUGACGUUGACCCAGGAGUUCAACGAGAUUUUCGCUGCGCCAACAACUGCUGAACUACAAGACCUAGAUUUUACACUAACGGAUAUUGAUCUUACCGACAAAGGGUUAAUUGACGAGCGUUACGGUUGUCCGAACCAGCCAAAUCAGAAUGACUUCCACAAAGAGCUAGCGGUGAUACAGCCUGGAUCGAGCAGAGCACAAACGCCCAGUGAAGCAAGAUUGUGUCCGAAGCCAUUCAACCCAAGUGUGUUCCACGGAGAGCUAGCGGUGACACAGCCUGGAUCGAGCAGAGCACAAACGCCCAGUGAAGCAAGAUUGUGUCCGAAGCCAUUCAACCCAAGUGUGUUCCACGGAGAGCUAGCGGUGACACAGCCUGGAUCGAGCAGAGCACAAACGCCCAGUGAAGCAAGAUUGUGUCCGAAGCCAGUCAAACCGAGUGUGUUCCGCAAAGAGCCAGCGGUGAUACAACCUGGACCGAGCAGACCACAUACGCCCCGUAAAGGAAGAUUGAGUUUAGCUAAAAGGAGGCUCCCAGCAGAAAUAGCUGCUCAGAACACAUCAACACCAAAGCGGCAGAGGACUGAAGAACAUAACGGGUCAGUUGUUGUAAUAAGUUCUCCAGAGACAUCAGAGCACCACGAUCGCUUCCCCGAGGAAGCUCCCCGGCUCACCACGUCACACGGCCUCCCUCGAAACGUUAAUCAGGGGACAACGCUUCCUGCAGCACUAACACCCCGCCGUGACAUUGUUGCUCAAGCACUCUUUACGGCUGGAAUACAGCCUCAUCCCGAUACAUUUGGCCAGACGGACGUAACAAUUCAGUCUGUACACCAGAAUAAUGACGCCGAGCUAAUAGCAGCAGCAGCAGAAGCGGAAACGGCAGCAUCAGAAGCAUCAGCACAUGAUCGGUCUCGUCCUGCCUCAUCUGCUCAGCACCCUGUAGCACAGGUCAUCCGCCGUGACGCAGGAAAACACAAGAAGAGGCGGAGUCUCAGAAGCCUGUGUUCGUCAGUCCUGAGAGUUCAGCAAAACUUCAAGCAGUUAAUCAUCAAAGCGGAUGCGACUGGUCCAAUUAUUGAUGCCGCUGCAUGGGCAGUAACGCAUAUGCCAGUUGCUACGGGACGUCAAGCUGCCCUCUACCGCCGGAAAACUGCUGCGCUUCUGAAUUACUGCGAGACUCUGAUGGUUGAACUGGUUGAUGCCAAAUCCCUCAUCCAGUUCCCCUCAACAGCCAUGCUCGAGCCCAUCUGUCGUUCCCACGUCUAA